AAUUCAAACUUGGUGAGCAUGUCUUUGGUCAACAAAUGUGGUACAGUGGUUUGAAUACAGUGUUGUUUGGGUCAGCUAUUCCAUAUUUCUCCUACAGACAGCCUGUUUAUCAUCCAUCCUGAUGUGAAAGAGACUUUAGCAGAUCACAGGCCAGUUGUGGCUUUGGAAAGCACUAUUAUCACACAUGGAAUGCCUUAUCCUCACAAUCUCAGUACAGCAAAGGAAGUGGAGGCGAUUGUGAGGGCUGAAGGUGCAAUCCCUGCAACCAUUGGGAUUCUUGAGGGCAGCAUUCAUGUGGGCCUUUCUUCAGAUGAACUGGACUUCCUGGCACAAAGCAAAAUGGCAUUAAAAGUGUCCAGAAGGGACUUGCCUUAUGUCAUCAGCAAGGGUUUGUCGGGUGGCACAACUGUCUCCGGCACAAUGAUUGCGGCUCACAAGGCUGGGAUUCCUGUUUUUGUAACUGGAGGCAUUGGAGGAGUACAUAGAGAUGGAGAAAACUCUCUGGAUGUGAGUGCAGACCUCACUGAACUGGGUCGAACCCCUAUUGCUGUUGUGUCUGCUGGGGUGAAAUCCAUCCUAGAUAUCGGUCGCACUCUUGAGUUCUUGGUAAGACUUUAAAGGAUUAGUUCACUUCCAGAAUAAAACUUUCCCUUAUAAUAUACUCAACCCCAUGUCAUCCAAAAUGUU